AGACGGCUUUACAUUCGAGUUCAUUACUUGGCUGUAAACUUCUGAGGCCCUGGGUUGAACGGCCAAACAACAGCUUUCUCUUCCACUGACAUGAACACAGAGGGUCAGGAAGGCAGAACAAAGCAGUGUGCAGUGUUUUGGUGAAUCUUUGUGACAUGGCCACAGCUGGAAAAUGUAAUAUGCAGAUUGACGGUAAAGCGUCUUGUUUAAAACUUUAAUUUGGUAAAAAAAAAAGUAUGUCAGUGGCAUAAACGAAACCCAGUUACUGUCAAGUGUGUCAAGCUGUAUUUGUUAAGAGAACUGGAUAAUUGCAUUCACUUAUUCCUGCUCGUAUUGUGUGUGGUAGAAGACUGUGGUGGUUCAUUAUAUAUGAAGAUGACAUUUCUGGGGAAUUUGCGUUGUUCUGUUUCCCUCUCACUAACAAACUCUCACAGAACAAAUGAAGCGUCCAGUUAAACCAAGGACUUAAAGAGCAUGUCACCUGUAUAGGGCGUUGAUGUGUGAGCGGUCGCUGCCUCUGUGAAAGACACACUACCACUGGCCCCCCUCACUGCUUGUCAGGCGUCAGCUGGGAUUGGCUCCUGCACCUGUGUGACCCUGGCUUGACAGAACAAGCAGUUGAAGAUGAAUUGAUUGUGUGGAACAGGGAGUCCAGGCGCGAGCGUGAAACUGUUGCCAGGGCAACGGCUAAAGCGUCAACAUGGCUGGAAGACGUCGUGAAAAGAAAGACUUGCAAAAAUUAAAGAAGGAAGCAGAAGAAGUGAUCGUUUACCUACAGUGGGACGCAGUCUCACACCAGAAGAUACAGGAACUGCUGGAUAAAACAGCGGCGGAAGUCGAGGCGGAGCUGAAGGAGCUUCUGAGUUUCCAACAUCAAGACACAGAGAUAAAGGAGUCAGUGCUGCUGGAUGAGUACGUCUGUGUGUUCUGGUGGGCCAAAUCCAAGAGCUUCAGCGUCACACAGAUCUCCUUCACGUUAGCGGUUCUGCACAUGCUGCUGGAAAACAUCAAGGAGAAGCAGAUGGACAUUGUGGAUAACAUGAUGGAGUUUGUCAAAGCGCUCGCGCCUGCCUGCUACUGCUCACAGUCUGCGGAAGGAGCAACCCCACUUCUGGGAAAACAAGAAUCAGCGGCAUUUGUUAUAUACGUCAAAGAAAGUUUCUUUCAUAAGUAUCGGCUCUAUCAGACGCUCUUCUCCACGUCCAGAGAACAGGUGUCGAUUGGCAUGGAGAGAACAAUUGAAGUUUUCCCUUCCAAAAACGGCAUCACUCCACUUGAGGAGGGGACUACAUUUGAAGAUCCAGGAGACCCCGUAGCUGGAGACGCAUGCAUGGCCAACAUGACCUUCUGAUCAUCUUGUCAAGGACAAAUAAAGCUGAUAGCUUAAAGGAGCCCUCAAAAGAACAAGAAAAAUUGGAUAAACAUGUUGAAUAUGUGUGACUCGUCUUUUGCUCUUGAGAAAAAAAGGUGAUGAUGUAACCUGGCAACAGGAUUCGUACAUCUUCAUUUAACUGCUGCUUAGUCCUGUUCAGGGUUGCAGCGAGUGCUGGGACCUAUAGCACCGUUCGCCACCAGCUCACAUCAUACAUCUACAAAGAUGCAUCAUUGAAACCAUUGGACCACCCAGGAGACGAUAGCUCUGUGUAUGAACUGCUCCUUGUAGAACUCAAGCGCGUCCAUCACCACCAUGUUCCAAACCUCAUCUGAGUCAAACAUGAAUAUUGCAGGUCGACUUGCAAGAUUUUAAAAUGGAAUUGUAAUGUCACUGAAAUAUGAAUGAGCUCUAUAGAGUAAAGUCUGUCAGUUGUAUACUUUGCUCAGUCGGCUGCAACCCUGAUCCACGAUGAAGUGAACCCAAUGUUAAAUUGAGAGGAAGAGAAUCCGCUGGUUUGUAAAGUCCAAUUCACCUUUGGAGCUGAUUUCACUUUUUAUAUUACUGAGUGGUUUUAGAGCGGGAUCUGCUUUUAGCUUGCAACAGAUUGCAAUCUGGUAUUAAUAAUCGCCUCAUGUUUUAUUAAAAAGAGCUUUUAUCGUGGUGAAUGGAGGUCGGGAAGAGGAAUCACUGUAAGUGGAAGUGGAAUGUUUUCUUCUUUUCUCACACAGGAAAUCAACAAAGUCCUGUUAUAGCAAAAGAAGAAAUGCUUUCAAACGAUUGUUUUUAAGCUCCUGUUGGUUAAUCUAGUGGUGCCCCAUUAAAUUUGAUCUUUCUUGAAGCAGUUUUUCCCAAUAUUAAGUCCAAGUCAAGUUCAGUUUGUUCAACAUUAGACAGUAAUUAGCAGCAGGAUAACUAGUGCUGUAGUUAGAGGGAACUUCCAGAACCACACUGACACCAAUGUACUUUGAAACUGCAUGGGAGUGACAAUGUGGAACCCAUUCAAAUGGAAUUAACAAUGUAACCACGGAGAUGUUCAAGGAAAUGUAUCUCACACACAGACUAUAAAGAUCCAUAGUAGGGUAUCAACCCAAAAAGGACCUAACAACACAAACACAAAAUAGGGAAAGUGGGAAUAAGUGGCUGAAGUUAGAACUGACCUUCACUCUGCUUCUUUUCAAUCUCUGUAUCUUGUAAGAAAAAAUAUUGACUGAAUUGUAUGCAAUGUAACAAGAAGUUGU